AUGAAAAUUGGCAUAGUUGUUGACUCAUUAAAGCAAGCAGUUGUUUUCACCACCGCGGUUACCGUAGUCAUUAUAUGUAGAAAAGGAGUAGCAUGUGAAACUAAGAACAAGAUGAUAAAUGGAGUGAAAAGAAAAGAGGAAAUAAUACCUGCUAUUUCCAUUCUUUUUUUUUCCUUUUUCAAUCUUUUUUUUUCUUGUAGUUUCACCCUUCCUUAUUUUUUUCUUCAGUGCGCUCAGGCAAACAUAUACACAGGCAUGCGCACGUGCAUGAAAACAAGAGUCAUUAUCACUACCAUCACCAUCACCAACAUCACGUAUAUUUUUAGAUAUAUUUACUUAUAUAUUUAUAUACCGCAAAAAUGCAGAAACCAACAGACGGGACGGAAGCAAACAAAACACACACACACACACACAUACACACAUACACACAAUAAUAAGAAAAGACAAGCAAAAGAAAGGAACAAACAAAAUGAAAGGGAAGAGCAUGAGAAGGCAAACCCCUUCAAAUAA